UUUGAAGCAGAUUCCCCCCCACCCUCUAUCCUCUAUCUCCCGCUCCCGCUCCCCUCUACCCCUACCCACCCCCGCUUCUGCGCUGCUACAAAUUCCUUUGCAUUCCUAAGCGAACACUCACUUAUGUCGCCUCUUCCUCGCUCAUAUAUUUGUGCCUUAGCUGAUAUUGUUAAACUGUGAAGAUGAGUUCUCUUCAAUCAAAUCGGCAUAUACCAUUUACUAAUAGUGCUCAAAGGCAGCAACAACAGCACCUUCUUCAUAGUCAGCAGCUGCAGCAACAGUCGCAGCAGCAAAUGCAAGUGCAGCAACAAUCGCAGCAAGCUUUAGGAGCAGGGGGUUUUCCACAAAGUCUCAGUGGAAGCGAAACUGAUAUUUCUACAUCGAACGAAAACCUCAGCCAUGAGGAACGUUACGUUAUUCGACACACAGCACGACAAGAACCACAAGGUCAAGAAAAUAUGGCCAUGCUGUCCAGCAGCCAAAGCAGCCCAAACAGCAACCGUAGCAGUCUCAGUGCAAAACUUGAAGGAGCUGGGAUGACUGGUGGAAAUGGUUCAGGAAGCAACCGAAGUAGCUUGAACAGGCCUGAUAACAGCAGCAAUCGUAGUAGUUUGGACGUGUCUUCCUCCUCUUACAAUACUCUUAUUAUUCAUGGGACUUUAGAUGAGUCUUGGCCUGGAAGGUUAUCUGGUAUCCGAGACAUCCAAGAUCAAAGUGCAUAUGGUUCAUAUAGUUCUGGUGUUGCCCAAGAGUCCUCUUCACCCUCUAGUGGUAGUGGAAAUAACAGCAGCAAAGAUCUAGAGAGAGAUAGGGACCGUUCUGCCCAGUGGUAUGGUCCUAGUCUUCGUGAAAUCAUUGAUAUUCCUGACGAUUUUUUGAGUCAAUCUCAGGUACUGAAACAUUUGGCUAAGGAAGUGAAAGUUUAUAGAUCAACUGCUGGUAAUGUAAUCAGUCGUCAGUCUCCUGAUACCAACCAACGUAGCCAUCAAGCUCCAUCUGAACCUAUGAAGAGACUGUCAUUAGAACACCGAGGAGGAGGUGGACCUAGUCAAAUAGCCACCAAUGUGAGCAGCAACAGUACAUUGAAGGAAGAAACUGCGGCACCACCCCAAUAUAGUGGAUGGCCCGCACCACCCCUUCCUAAUCACUUGAAAAAUGGCGGAAUUUAUCCACUAGAGAGAAUGGCUCUCUCUAGGUCUCAACCAGAUUUAUCAAGAAUCGGGGAAGGAAAACUUCUUUCUGCCGCUGAUAUUGUUGGGCUAGCUAAUAACAGGUUGGCAGCAAGGGAUGAUGAACGAACCGCUCCUGUGGAAAUGGUUGAUAUGCUGAUUCAUGAAAACAAUUUCUUGAGACAUGAACUUAAUGAAUGCUCUCAAAAGGUUUCACGCUCAAUCAAGCUGGAACAAGAAAUUCAGAAAGUUCACAGAGCUCAGGAGGAAUUGGUUGCUUCUUGCGAGCGUCGCGAACGUCUGGAACGGGUUGCUAGAGCGCGGUUGCAGUCUGACUGCCGUCGCAUCCAGGAAGUGAAUCGGGCAUUGAGAGAGCAGCUUGAAAUGGUGACCAGCCGCAACAUUUCUGGUUCGGGUGGAAGUGUUCAAUCAGAUCAAGCAGCAAGUGUCGAGGCACUCAAAAGAGAUGUUGGCAAGCGAGAAGUUCUGAUAGCUCAACUUAUUACACAAAAUAAGGAGUUGUCUGCUGCAAAGGAACGACAAGAAAUUGAACUGGCUGCCCAGAGAGUUACUCUUCAGGAGCAACGUACUCACAUUAACAUACUGGAUACCGCUCUUCAAAAUGCCCAGAGCAAUGUUGUACGCUUAGAAGAAGAGUGCCGCAAGAAGCAGCUUUAUGUAGAACGUGUUGCCCAACUACAAAGGGUAUUAUCCUCCUUGCAACUAGCAAGCGACCGAAGGGAGCAAGGAGAAAGAAAACUUCGAAUGCAGCUUGAAAGGGAGCUCAGGAAUGAGCGAGCCCGUGCAGCUGGUGCACCUACAUCAGAUGACUUAGGUGCCAAUAGUAGUGAAUCUGCUGCUGAACUGAAAAGGAAGUUGCGAGAGCGUGAAGGUAAAAUCAUGUUGCUUGAAGGAGAAGUGGCCAAGUGGGAACAGAGGUAUCUUGAAGAAAGUUCAUUACGUCAAGCUGCUAUUGACGCAGCCAGUCUUCCAAAGGAUGCUAAAAUUGCUGCUUUGGAGAAGACAAGCCAAGAAACUGAAAAGCUUAUUGCAGAGGCUCGUACAGAGAAAAUACGUCACAUGGAUGAGGUUCAUGCUGCUCAAAAGAGAGUGACUGACCUUGAGUCCAGAUUGAAAGAUUUGGAGUCCAAACUUGCUGAGAGAGAUGCCAUGAUCAGAGUCCUUCAGAAGCAUACUUGUAAAGAAUCAAAGGCCUCUACAUCUUCCUCUUAUCCUAGCAUUAUUCGGUCUCCACAUCACACUCCUCAUCCUAGCCUUAACGCUGAUUUGGGUGUGCUAGGCUGUUCAGUCUCACGAGAAGAGCUUGGCCCCGUGUAUUCAUCUAGCAGCCCUGCUUUUAACUCAUCAAACCAGUCCUACUCAAGCUCAGUGGGUGAUGGUGGCUACCACCAUUCAGCCUCUGGAAGUUACUCCAAGUUUGGCACCAGCCAAAGCUUUGACCAAAGCUUUGACCAGACAAAGAAAUGCCUUGAUGAUGAACUCAAGGAACUUGACUCUCAGCUAGAUUCACAACUUGAUUCAAAGAUGCUGAGCAAGAGAGGUCUGUGCUGUUUUCCAGGAUUCUCUAAUCCAAGUUCUGCGGCGAGAAAAGGAAAAGUGUCCCAGCCACUAUUGGCAAGUGUAGGCGUAGGUGUCUGGCAAGGGCUGGUGGCACAAUCACGCUAUGAGGCAGCAAGGCCGGAGGAAAUGUUGCUGUUGGAAAAGCAAGGUUUGAGUAGCCAACAACAGAGGAUGCCCGACUCGCUGGAUGUGCGAAGCCGAUCAGGCAGCUUGCCCCCCAGUUCCCUACCACGACCCAGACGCUCUCACGGUAGCCGCCGCCUUGGAGAGUACGGCCGGCUCAGUGACGGAGAGAGAGAGAGCACUCGGAAAACGUCCACCAACUCGAGCCUGGACGGGCUGGCCGAGGCAAGCAGCAAAGGCCGCGACUCUCUGCCCCCCAUGCCUAGGAAGCUGGGUGAGUAUGGUCGACUCAGUGACAGUGAAUCAGGGCGGAAGAUGUCAUCUAAUUCCAACGACAGCUGUAAAGUCAUCAAUCAAGAAUCGUCAAGUCGCUCAUAUUUGCCUCCACCUCGGAAGUUGAGUGACUACGGAAAGCUCUCAGCAAAUUCAAGUAGUGAUGGUUCAGUUGAUAUUGUUGCUAAAACAAGAGACUCCCCUGCAAGAUUUUUGCCAUCGCCUCGGAAGCUAAGUGACUCAAGCAGAACAAGUGAACCAGAACGCAAGUCAAGAGAAGCAGGAAUUCGUGACUCUGGCACCAGUGAAGACUCCUCUGGUUCCAAGUUGCGCUUAAUACCUACUGCCAGUGGCCGGGUGCUGAGUGCUAAAAGAGCUUCAUCCCUACAAAGGGAGACAAGCAAACCCACCCACCCAUCCGAGUCUGGUUUGAGGUCAUUGCCUACAUCCAAUAAAUAUAGAGUUCAAUUUUAAAUCAAACUGACCAGUUUGAGGUGGCUCUUAAAUUGUUUUUAACGAUUGUUUUAGAAACAUGUCUUUUGAUGUUAAAGCAUGACUAGAGCACUAACUUUGUUUUUCUUAACUGUUUUGUAAGCCAUUGAUGUGUCAUUUAAUUACUGGCAGGUAUGGAAUAACAUUGUUGAACAUAAGAAAGAAUGAGCUGGAUUUUCUAGAUCAAGGAUGUUCCUAGCAAGUGACAAAGCUUUUACUGCUCGUAAACGUUUUCAAUGCCAAGUUUUGGGUUUUCCUGCUCAACUUUCUUUUCUAACUGUUUUGUCUUGUUGUCUUUACUGUGAUAUCAUUGUUACAGUAUGUUUUUGUUUUUUAGACUGUUUCCUUGUUGAAAACAAGCUUUGUAUGGUAUUUAUGAAUUUAUAUUUCUUGCAUACAGUUGUAUGCAAUAUUUGUUAAUAUUUAAUUGCUAGUAGAUGUGAAUGUGAUUUAAUAUUUCUUGCAAUCUUGGAAUGAAUUUCAGUUUGUCUGAAUAGAAUCACUGUAAAAUAAUUUUUUGAUGCCUUUUCUAAAUCUGUAUCUGUACAGAAGUCUCCUUUUUAAAAGCAAAAUAUAAUCAAAAUGUGUGUGGUUUUUUGGUUAUUGCAUCUUUGGAAGCAAAGAGUAUGAAGCAUUAGCCACAAAAAUGAGAAAGUCUAUUUUGCAAUCAUCAACGUGUCCUAUCAAGAUCUGGUGAAGUUAAACGCAUUUAGGUAUAAAGAUGUGUUCAGUCAUCAAGCAUUUUUGUCAUGCAUAUGUAUUUUUAUGUACGUAUUGUCUAGUCUCUCAAGUCUAUGUUGUACAUGGUUGAGCAAGUAUAAUAAAAGUGUGAGUAAUUGUUA